AUGGUCACCAAGAGUGAUCCACAACCAAACAAUAUGAAAGCAAAAACAAUUGAAGAUCAACUGGAAUCUGUUGAUCUGAUUGCUCCACCACCUUCUGCUUGUGUUCUAAAUGAGUCAGAUCAUCCUUUACAAGCGUCACCAGUAAAGGAAUCCACCGAAGUAGCACCGCCAGAAAAGGAGGAAGCAGGAGCUGAAACAAAUUCUAAACCAGCAAUGCCUCCAUUACGUAAAAGAACAAGUUUUUGGGAUAUUUUUCGAUCAUCGAUUCAUAAAGGAGGUGGAGAGCUUACGUCUGAAAAUGAUCAGUAUAAUGAAGCGAAACUCGAUACAUUUGUGGCUGGACUGGAAACCAAAUUACGAAAACUCACGGAUGACGAUCAAAAGGCGACUGGUCAAAAUUCAGUUGAGAACGAGGCCCCAACUGCCACAACACAGUCUGGACAUUCUAGAUCACGAUCUGAUGUGGGCCAUGCAUUUUCUCAACAAUCUUCAAGGGAUAGCGAAGAUGAAAGUGAAAAUGCGACAAAAGGAGAUUCUCGACCUCCUCUGCGUAGACAAACAAGUAUGAUGAACUUUGCUUUGAAUAUGCCAUGGGCAAAACGGACAAGAAGACUAACGGAUUCAACGUCAUAUUCGACGUCACAUGCCUUUCCAAGUAGUGGUAUUGCAUCUCGUUCAAGUACGUUUGAUAGUACAAAUCAAAAUGAUGCAAAUCCUUCAACGUUAUGUCACAUCGAUGAUCAAAACGGUCAUCAAAUUGCUCAAGAUUGUGUUAAAUUUGCACAUGCACGUCAUACGAUCAAAACGACAAAAGAAAUUGAAAUUUUACGUAAACUUUCGAUCGAAUUGGAAAGUGCGUUCAGACAUCAAAUUGAUAAAGUUGCAAUUUUGCAUUCACAAUUGGAGUCUGUUCAUUGGCGUCAACAUGAUUUACAAGAUGAAAAUAAACAUUUACGUGCUCAAAUUGGUUCACUUAGCGAACAAAUCGUUCAUCAACAAGCUCAAAUUGAAGCUUUACGUGUCACGGUGAAAAGUUUAUCUACGAUGAUGUCACCUGGUACGAAGGAAGAAAUUGCAGAUGACAAAAGCGAAAAGAAAGUUGAUCAACAUCAAACCGCAGAUCACGACACAGACACUUCCGCACACAAUAGCAUUUUGCAACAUUAUGAAGAUAACGAUAGCUCGCACGAAUCUACCGAAGCUUCUACUCCACCUUUACCGAAAGCUGAAAGUCCGAAAGCAAUCGAAACAGAACAUAAUCAUAACAAAGAAGAAUCGAUUCAUCGAGAAGCAUAUCCGGAAGGAAAGCAAGAUGAUCCAGUCUUGUUCUCAGCAGGCAUUUUAUCAGCUAAUGCUACUCAAACAUUCGCCAAUAUGCAAGUACAUGUAUAAUGUUAAGACUUUAGUUUCUAUACCUCAUUGUUUCUGUUUGUAUGAUACUCUCACUCUGUC